CUCUGAAUUUACUAAAGGGCAAUAGGACAGUUAAAUAAUAAUUAAAAUUAACAAAAAAAUAUACAAAUAUUCUGAAUUUACAUACGCCCUCCAGAGUGCAAUACGAACGCACCCUAUAAUGCACUCCUGGUCUGCAAUGAAAACCGAUAGGCUAUUUAAUUUCAGAAUGUGUUACAAUUAGGUUAAGGGUCAGAUUUUGAUUAUAUGGGCUCAUUGUUUUCAGGUCAGUAGGUACCCACACUUUUCUGCGAGUGUCCCUUUUAAAAUCCUCAUCAAUCAGCAGACUAAAUCUUUCUACAUGAUUACCUGAUUGGUCAGUUUACACCCAUGCCAAGGAAGUGCAAACAGAGUUCUUCCGGUCACUGUGUUUGGUUUGAAUCGAAGAAGAAUGCCAGUAAGGAGGAUAUUAGAGGGACUUUAGUCAACAAGAUGAAGAUCAAACAACGUUCAAAAACUAAACUACUGCACAAAAAAACCAUGGGGACUAAACGCCUUGGAAACCUGGGUAUAACACAAACAGAACAUGACCCACAGUCAGGUGAUGACUCCACCGGCAGAGAUGAAUCAGAUUGUACCCAAGCACUCUCAAAGAGCACCAGUUCAAAUCAUCAUUCAGAUUCUAGUCCACUCCACAAGGAUCCUGUGGUAGUGCUAACCAGGUUGGCUGAGGUGGUGGUUAAGACACUUCUGAGAGAUAUUAAAGUGUGUUUGGUGAAGGAGGAGACGGAUGUCAGGAGGGAUGAAGACAACCAUGGAGGUUCUCCUCAGUUCUUUCCUUGUCCACACUGCACCAUCUCCUUUACUGACUGUUACUUCCUGGAGAACCACAUCAAGACCAAACACCAGAAGCAGUACCUGGCCAUGUUGAAAAGCCAAGUCUCAAAGAGUAAAAGAGUGUACGGCCCCACACACAGCUGUGCCCACUGUAGCUGCAUGUUCCAUACACCACGACAGCUAGACAUCCACACCCGCCAGGCCCACCCCUCUGCCCGUCCCCAGAAACCUGCCCCUCCCCGGAGAACUGGCCGUCCCCACAGGGUUCAGGAGAAAUUCCACACCUGCCCACAGUGUUCCCGCAGAUUCAAGUACCUAGGCAGCCUGCUGAAGCACUGCAAGAGUUUGCACAAAAUGGCCGUUGUUCUCACCAAUGGACACAUCAGUUGCGCAGACUGUGAGAAGAGCUUUGAGAAUUGUUGGGGCCUGGGGCCUCACCGGUGUCAUGAACCAGAGGGCAAUAAACCUAAGGACGCUAAACAGAUGGUCAUUAAGGAAGUCGGCUUCCAAUGCUUAGAUUGUGGCAAGAUCCUCACUACUCCUACAAGCCUGAACACUCACAUGCGCAUCCACACUGGAGAAAAGCCUUUUGUCUGCAAGGAGUGCGGCAAGCGCUUCUCAGAUACCAGCGCUUACCGUUAUCACUUGUUAAUACACAAUGGGGUCAAGCCAUUCAAAUGUCAGGACUGCGGGAAGGCUUUCAAACAGAAGUCGCUCCUCAGGAAGCACAUUACUGUUCACUCUGGUGAGAGGAAGUACUCCUGCUCCCAAUGCGACAGGCAGUUUGCAUACAGGGAGAGUCUGAAGCUUCACCUGCGCACACACUCAGGGGAGAGACCUUUCAAAUGUACUGUGUGUGGUAAAGACUUUGCUGACAAAGGUUAUCUGAAGACGCAUCUGAAGAUCCACAGCAACCAGAAAAACUACCAUUGUGGGGUUUGUGGGCAGAAGUUCAUAAGGAUUGGGGUGCUGAACAUACACCUGCGCUCACAUACUGGUGAGAGGCCUUACCACUGCACAGUGUGUGACAAGCAAUUUGCCCGACUCGACCACCUGAAGAACCACCAGCGCACUCACACAGGUGAGAAACCAUACACCUGUACCGAGUGCGGUAAAAGCUUCACUCAGUCUGGAGAUCUGACCAAACACAAGCGCCUCCACACUGGGGAGAGGCCAUUUGAAUGUUCUGAAUGCCACAAACGCUUUAUCUGCUCUGCUUCUCUGACUCUGCACAUGAGGACCCACACUCACCGUGACGUAAAGCCAUACUCCUGCCAAGAGUGUGGGAAGAGCUUUUAUGAACAGAGUCAUGUGAACGGCCACAUGAAAAUCCACAAGGGGAAACGUUAUUCCUGCCCCCACUGCUUUAUCAGCUUUGCUCGUAAGUCCAACCUCUCCAAACACCUGCUUAGACUUCAUAAACCUGAAUGAUAAUGAUGUAUAUUAACAUAACACCUUUUAUGAAACUCCGUUACUCUUAUGAAUUAAAUGGAGGGGAGUCUGAUCUCUUUAGUCAGUGAUGGAUGUGACAACAAAUGUGACAACUUUUCUACCCUGUUUAUGGGUACGCCACAAUAUUUUAGCAAUCCUCCAGUUGGGUCACACUGUGACCUCCAUGUAUUGGGACUUUGACAUGUUUUUGGCUCUGUACUCCAGCACCUUGGAUUUGAAAUGAUACAAUGACUGAGGUUAAAGUGCAGACUGUCAGCUUUAAUUUGAGGGUAUUUUCAUCCUUAGCGGAUGAACCGUUUAGAAAGAACAGCACUUUUUGUACAUAUUCCCCCCCCCCCCC